AUGAGCACUCUUGCGCCCUUCCCCGCGAUGGACGAUCCCAUGACUGACGUGACUGAUCCAACUUUCGCCACCCGACUCGCCGGAGAAAGAUACAUGGAUCUCGCAGGGACAUCGCUCGAUGAUCUACCCGUUGAGCUAGUGACACAAGUUUUCAACUGGAUUUCCCCCGUCGGGUCUCCAGCGUAUUUUGAGCGACUGCUUCGAUCGGAAAAUGAACUGUCGUCGUGGGCUGAGUCUGAGGAGAAGGAUCCGCGCAACAAGCCGACUUUGUGGUCUGUAUCGCAGCGAAGCUUGAUUUGCACCAGCAAAAGAUACAGAAACAUUUCAAAGGACUACCCUCCCGUUGCGCGCUCGUUCUCGCUCAACGAGGCCAGCGUGCGUCGGAUUCUUGGGGUGAAGAGUGAUGUCGACCUGGUCGCCUACAUGACUGACGACGAUACGCGGAACACCGCCAUUGAGGCAAUCAAGUCCAACAAGCUCGACGCCGAGUCAGUCAAUGACAUGACUAUCAUACUGGUCCCCGAGUAUCGAGAUCGCCCGGCCCUGAGGGAUCUCAUUACCGCUUUCUUCACGCUGAGCCACCACGACUCUUCCCUCCUCUCAAAAGUGGCGCAUGUCGGGAUCUUAUGGUCCGAUCACAAAGUACAGCGGAACAGAAACAAUCGAGCUCGAUCAGCACGCCCGGGCGAUCUGGGCAGUGUGGACUGGAAGAGCCUCACCGGCGAUCGAGUGCAAUUCCACCACUACCCUCAUCCGGACCAUACGGCAUGGCUGGACGAUCUACCAUCCUGGCCUAAGCUCUCGGUAUACUCGGAAAAGCCACCUCGGUACGAGAACGGAAGUGAACUCUCCGGUGUGAUCAAUACGCACUGGUACGUCCCACCGCUACCGACAGCUGCGACCGACUGGCAGGUCCGGUUGUUCCUCGAAGACAUAUCCAGAUAUGCCGUGGGCUUCAAGAAUACCGGACCCGUGCCUGCCCGGGGAAAUUUUAUCGCCCACGUGACGGACAAGUCGAGAUUGAAGAGACAUCGUGGUUUGUCCAACGGCCUGAAGGAGAGCUUCAAUGUGACGGGGAACCGACUCAAGAAGAAGGGGUUGGGAUUCCGCUUAGGAUUUGACUACAGGGGAGAAGGUUGUGAUAUGAUCGAUGCGAUCAGACGACUCUUUACGCAGCGGAACCACACCGGGACAGGCUCUUCACAAAGCGAUCAGCUACUAGGAAUCAACGGAGAGUCCAUUGAUCGAAAUGAGUGGCGGGGAAAGGGCCCACAACGUCCGGAACAGACGUUCCUAGAUGGGUCUGAGCUCGGGCUUUAUGCGGAUGUCCAUGUCCGGCUCCAAAAAACAGCCUCAUCGAACAUGCUGGAAGCUCUCGCUUCCAAGAUCGAUCCCGAAAGGAUCGUCAAGGAGAAAGCAAUCUUAUGUCUCCUUCGCUCCCAACGAGAGCCUGAGCAUUUUGUACUUCAUCCUCCUCGCAUUCCACCCGAGCUUACCGACGAAGCGUACGCUCCAUCUGACUCGCAUCCCGCCCUGUGUCUCUCGACCAUCAUAUACUCAUACUUUGACAUGUCCGUCACUCAUUCCUCUGAUUCUCCCGUCAGCGACGCCGACGGGGAUGCGCCAUUCAGCCCCAAUCCCGAUACCAGUGGUGUCGCCACCCAAAGUGAUGGUACGGCAGGCCAUCUCUUUCGUCUACCUGAAGAGCUCAGAGACCAAAUCUUCGACGAGCUUGGACCUCAAUCUGCCGAUGAGUUCCAGGCCAUGCUCCGGAGGGGUUUCCCAAGGAAUGACAAUCAAGCGGCCUGGACGGAGUCGCAGUGGAACCUCGCCCUGUCUAACAAGGCAAGUCGAGCGGAGGACAGAAAGGGCCUGAGGGAGCGGUCAUGCGCACAGAUUAUCGCAACAGCGCAGACAACACGCGCUUGA